CUACCAUAAUAGGAGUAUGCAGCUUUUUCACAAAGGAUCAAACAUACACUAUUACAAGAGAAAUAAGAUACUUAUAAAACCAUGACUAAUCUUUCAAACGUCAAGAAUUCAAAACAUAUAAAAAGCAGAACUCAAAGUAUGCCUUGAUCCAUAUCAUCCUCUUCAAUCACCUUUAUCAUGGUCUCCUUCUCAAACAUCUUGCUUGCUGGUCUCGCCUUAAUGAUUGGUGCUAGUGCUGCUCCCAAUACUGAUGCCCACACUCUCCAAAAAAGAGCUGAAUUCGACAUGAUUGUCAAAUCUAACCUUGCUCUCAAGCCCCGUGCUUGUGAAGAUAACUGUUGUAGAACUGUCAUUGCUUGCUGUAUCUUCUAUGGCGGCUCCUGGUCCAAUGGUAAAUGUAACUUCUAAAGACGUUUUAUAUUCAAAAUCAAACUUUUGACUACAAUAAAUUGAUUUAACAUACAAGUGCUAA